AUGUCGCUUCCCCCGCCUACCCGUCUCGGUCGCUACCGCAUCCUCUCGCCCACCUGCGGCCUCCGCGUGUCCCCCCUGCAGUUGGGGUGCAUGUCGCUCGGUGACCGUAACAAGGCGCUCGGCGCGAUCAGCAAGGAGCAGGCGUUCAAGAUCCUCGACGCGUACUAUGAGGCCGGCGGCAAUUUCCUCGACACAGCCAACACGUACCACGGCGGUCAGAGCGAGGAGUGGAUCGGCGAGUGGCUUAAAGCUCGCGGCUGCCGCGAGGACCUGGUCAUCGCGACCAAGUACACGUCCAACACGGAGAACGGGCGGAUUAAGGACCACCCGAUUCAGGUGAACCGGGCCGGAAACAGUGCCAAGAGCAUGAAGAUCGGGAUUGACAACUCCCUCCGCCGCCUCGGCACCGACUACGUCGACAUCUUCUACCUCCACUGGUGGGACUGGACCACGCCUGUUGCCGAGGUAAUGCAUGCGCUCAACCGCCUCGUUGAGAGCGGCAAGGUCCUCUACCUCGGCAUCUCGGACACGCCUGCGUGGAUUGUGUCCAAGGCCAACGAGUAUGCCCGUGCUCAUGGCCUCGCUCAGUUUGUUAUUUACCAGGGCAAGUGGAACCCUGCCGCGCGGGAUAUGGAGCGCGACCUCCUUCCCAUGGCGCGGUGUGAUGGGUUGGCCAUUGCGCCGUGGGGCGCCAUGGGCCAGGGCCGCUUCCAGCGUAAGGCGGACCGCGGCAAGAGCUCGGAGGGGCGUAGCGCCAACCCCCUCAGCGAGCGCGAGGUCGUCGUCUCGGACGCCCUGGAGAAGGUCGCGGACGAGCUUGGUAUUGCAAACCUCACCUCGAUUGCGCUCGCGUACGUUAUGGCCAAGUAUCCUUGGACCUAUCCGAUUGUGGGCGGACGCAAGGUUGAGCACCUCGUCGCCAAUAUUGGCGCACUGGAGAUUACCCUCAGCCCGGCGCAGGUGCAGGCGAUCGACACUGCCCUGCCGUUCGAGUACGGCGGACCUGGUCAGGACUUUGGCCUCGACCCGCGUGUGUGGGGAUACCAGCAGCACUUCCAGAUUGUGUCGGCCGGGCUUGUCGACUAUGUGCCGUACGCCGCGCCUGUAGACAUGACGGACGUGCGUGAGUCGGAUGCUGCGGCCAGGGCUGCAAACCCCGUUAAGCUGGGCAUGUAG